AUGUAUUUGAUUGAUAUGAUCAUGGCUCCAAAUCAAAUGGUUCAAAAAGAUGCCUCGAAUAAUUGCUAUUUUAUCAGUCAGAUAAAAGGCAUCGUCAAAGACACAUUGAAUGGAUUGGAUGACUCUGUGGGAGUCGCUUUUCUCACCUAUUAUCAGCCACCCGAUUCACCAUCGAUUACGGUGUUGAUGAGUCGACAAGACGCGCUUGUCUAUGUGGAUACUCUUGCGGGCAAUACUCCGAUGUACAACGGAGCAAAUGAGAUGGUGGCCAUAAACCUACUCGAGAAAAUGGCCUACAUCACUGAGCUGGUCCACUUUGUUCCAUGUGCUCCAAUGAAAACGGGAAUGAGCGACACAGCCGGUUUAUUCUCAAAGGCUUCCUUGCAGAAGCUGAUUUUGAUCUCUUCUGAUUUGACUGAAGACCAAGUCAAGAACAAUUAUGCCUUAUCCGAUUCAAAAGAUCCAACUUUGAUCGUUGACAUGAAUUUUCCACCAGAGAACAUCUUGCAAUACUUGAAAAAUAAUUUACCGCCAAUUCCCCCAACGACAACAACGACAGCCACUCCAUCACCAUCUUCCACUUACAAUGUGACCUUUUCAAUGUAUUUGAUUGAUAUGAUCAUGGAUCCAAAUCAAAUGCUUCAAAAAGAUGCCUCGUAUAAUUGCUAUUUUAUCAGUCAGAUGAAAGGUAUCGUCAAAGACACAUUGAAUGGAUUGGAUGACUCUGUGGGAGUCGCUUUUCUCACCUAUUAUCAGCCACCCGAUUCACCAUCGAUUACGGUGUUGAUGAGUCGACAAGACGCGCUUGUCUAUGUGGAUACUCUUGCAGGCAAUACUCCGAUGUACAAUGGAGCGAAUGAGAUGGCCGCAAUGUCCCUAUUCGACAAAACGAAUUACGUCAGCGAGUUGGUCCACUUCGUUCCGUGUGAACCGAUGAGAAUGGAUGGCGCGUCUGGCCUCUUUUCUUCAACCUCUUUGGAAAAGCUUGUUCUAAUCUCUAGCGAUCUGAAUCAAGAUCAAAUCAUCAGCAACUACAAUCUACCGAAUGAUUCCCGUUAUUCAACAUUGAUCCUUGAUAAAGAUGUGCCAAAGGAGAACAUCUCGAACAAUUUGGAGCACAACUUGCCGCCAGAUGUGGCCACAACUCCGUCAACAGAGCAAAAUCCUCAGCUCUACCACAUCAUGAGCCCUACAACAACCAUAACUACUACUCCUGUACCAUUGAUCCCCUGCCAAGCACUGUUUAUAGCCGAUGCGUCCGACGCAGUGAGCUCGAUCCGCCAGGAAGCCAUUAUCUCGCAAGUAUCAGCACAAAAUCUGUUCAAUGACCCAACACUGCAAUUCACAGCAGCAGUCUGGUCUUAUGGAGAUUAUUCUCAAAUUGGGGAUUUACCCGAGAGUUUUGUCAACACUACUGUCGAUUUUAAUGCUUUGUCUGAUGCCCUGUAUAAGACUGGAGGGACUGACGAUGUGAAAUUCGCUGCAACGAAAGUGAAUGCUUGGGAUAAGACUAACACUGUCAUUGUUUUGUUCACAGCCAGUCCUCAGUCAGCCAUCAAUGAUGCCUCAAAAACUUAUCAACGCUUCAGUGCUACUGUCGGAAUCUCUACAACAGCAAAUGACAUGUCUCCUCUUGCUGCGUUUACAGUAGAUUUCUCUAAUCCAGCAGGAAUUCCGGUAGCCAUUAGGCAAACUUGCGUAAACUUGCUCUCGGCAACAACGACAACGGCUGAAUCAACGACAACCGCUGGAUCAACGACAAUUGGAACGACUGGAACUGGUGAAAUUUCUACAAAUUCUUCACCGCUUCUCACUGUCCCUACUGAAACGCUCAGCUCUCGAACUUCUACCGCUGAAAGCUUUAGUUCAACACCGUUUCUAUCAACUGCUUCUUCUUUAAGUCACUCUACAGGUACAAUAAAUGCUUCAAGCUUUGCUAGUUCAACUGCUUUCUCGAUUCAAUCAACCGCUUUUACUGAAACGCUUGCAGAAUUCAGCUCCGCAAAAAGCUCUCAAGCUACUAGUGCUUUUGAUGUGACAAGCUCAACUGCUUUAACAGCUUCUGCUACCAUUUCUGGCUUAAAUGUUAUCUCAACCGCUAGCAGCUUGCCUAAUACCGCAACCAUUGCAAUUGAGGCAUCUACCGCUUCGUCUAGUACUGUGAGUACAGCAGAGUCAACGAAUUCGAGGCCACAGACGGAUUCGUUUACAACCUCUAGUAAGCUUCCGGAUGCUUCUACAACUCUUGAACUAAAUGAAAGCACUACCACUUUUGAAACCACUAACAUAACAGAAUUAACAAGUACUGAAACAUCUACGAGCUUUACAGCACAUUCUGAAGUAACAAGUUCUUCGGAAACAACCAUGAACAUCACUGCUUCUAGGAUACCCAUUUCUUCUUCAACAGAAACAAGUUCAAACCUCCAGACGGAUUCGGUUACAACAUUAACUGCCUCAACUGCCAUGUUUUCAUCUACAACCUCUAGUGAACUUCCUGAUGCUUCUACAACCACAGAGCUAAAUGAAACCGCUACUUCCGAAGUGACUAAUGCAACAGAACUAACAAGUUUUGAACCAUCUACGAGCUCGAUCCUGAAUCUCAACUCAACUGUUCCUAGCACUGAUUCAUCAACAGGCUUUUCUGAUACAGCGUUCAACAUGAGCUCCACUACCUCUAGCAAACAGCCACAUACUUCUAGAACCGUAGAGACAAGCAAAGCCUCCACAACCUCUCCAUUUGGAUCUACAACUGAUACAAUAGAACCGACAAGUUCUGAUGCGUCCACAGACUUUUUCGAUACAACCUUUGAUACGAGCUCAAUUGUAUUUUCACUUCAAUCCACUACCUCUAGCAAACCGGAUGCUUCUACAACCGUAAAGACAAAACCGACAACUUCUGGUGCACCCAUCUAUUUUUCAGAUUCAACUUUGAAUCCUACCUCAACGAUCAUUUUGACAAGUGUCACUGAAUUGCUUUCGAGUUCAGAGAUUAUUCCGAUCUUGCUUUGGUCACAAGUGCUCGGUGACUCAUGCAACGUUUUGUUUGUGGUGGAUGGCUCGAGUUAUUGGAAUAGUUUUCGCGGUGAAAUCGUCUCCAUUUCCACAGUCGCCAAUAUUUUAUAUUCCACAACAAACUUCACCUCCAAUUUUUGGAUGUAUGGAGAUGAUCCUCAAGAUGAUCGAAUCCCAACAAGUUUCUAUUCUACAGAGCAAGAUUUUCUGGAUGACAUUCAAGAAUUGAGUACUUAUGGUGGAAAAGAAACGGUUGUUGGUGCAACAAGCAAGCUGAACGAUUGGCAGACUUAUGCUCUCAUCGUGAUCUACACAGCAAGUUCUCAAACACUGAUCAACGUCGCUGGGGCAAAUUACACAGAACAAUCAAGAACCGUGGCGAUUCAUCAAAAUGAUGGAAUUGAUUUGAGACCGAUAUCCAACUAUCCGAGUUACGAAAUCUCGAAUUAUACAAACAUUGUUGAUGUGAUAACCAAUGCUUGCAAGCAUUUCCCCAUGAAAACCACAACGCCAAAGACCCAACCAACAACCACAACAACCCUAAAGGCUUCGACAAGCACAAGUGCAAGACCUCAAUCUACAGUUUCUCCCAGCCUUCCAAGCUCGACAACGACAGCUCCUUUCGCGGAAACCACGAGCACCUAUUCUACUGAAUCUGUACCGAGCACCGAAUUAUUCAGUUCCACAAGUCCAGAACUGGCGUCAACCACUACUCCAAUACCACCACCGUGUCCAGUCUUCUUUUACAUUGACGGAUCUGCAGCGAAAACUGUAAUUGACCAACAAAUUAAUCUUACCGAAACAGUGGCUAGCUCAAUGUAUCAAUCUUAUGAGUGGCGUUUCCUUAGCUCUGUUAGUGCAUUUGGACAGCUUAUAAUUGGCGACCCGGACCCUAACACUCUUAUCGACAAUUUUCCGGCAUUUGAAGCAACUCUCGAUUUAUUGGACUUUUCUUCUCCAUCAGGCGAUGUUACAAGUGCCAUUGACACAAUGAACGGGGAUUCUGAUUUUGGAAAUGUGUUAACAAUUCUCUUCGUGGCUGCACCCCAACCUAGAAUUGAUGGAGCAAAUGCUAAUCUCUACAAAGACUUCACGUAUGGUAUUGGAAUGAUAGGCAAACAGAAUCUCACCCGGCUCUCCUAUGAUAGUGACGAUUAUACCACGGAUAACGGGACUACACUACAACAAGCGAUUAACAAUUUUUGCGCCAACUUUCCAGCAAUGGCUCCUUCACCUCAAACAGUGCCUACUGUUUCAUUGACAACCUCGACUACAACUCCGAUUCCAAUCGUAAAGACGCUCUUUGUAAUAGAUGGCUCAUCUCUAGCGGGCUCGAUCGUAAGUCAAAGACUUUUCUUACAAAGCCUAGCCAGGGUAGCAUUUGGAAGAAUGGACAUGGUUUUUUCGGCGAAUAUCUGGGAAUAUGGAGAUGAUAGCAAGGAUGAAGCAAUUCCCAUAACAUUCAUUGAUAAUCUGAAUGAUGUGGAUGAUGCUAUAACAUUUCAACAAAGCUAUGGUGGCAAAGAAAACAUUAUUGGAGCCACUGGUAAACUCAAUGAUUGGCCAAUAUUUGAUGGGGUUAUUGUGCUUAUCACAGCUAGUCCGGAUAACUUAAUCGAUAUGGUGAGCUAUUUCAAGAGAAAUCAAACUGUCGCCAUGUCGACUCAUGAUGGUGUGGAGAUGUCGGCUAUCACGGACUACCCCCAUACAAUUUCAAGUCCUUAUGCUGAUGUGCUGGAUGACAUCCGAAAAGUGGCCCUCAAUUUAGCCCCAAGUACAACAGUUCUAACUGGUUCAACGCGAACUGGCCCAACUACGAUUGGCUCUUCUUUUGUCGUGAAAAGGCUUACUGAUUAUGGACACUUGAUCCGCAAACCGCGACACACUUAUGACACAUGUACGCAACCAACCUAUGGGCUACAUAGGAUUCGAAGGCAAAAUUUCUUAGAUCCA